AUUCGUUUGCGGUUGAUGAUUUUAGUUUUUGCACCCUCACCUCCUUUAAAUUCGAAUUCCUCUUUCCUAGUUUCUCUUUGAAUCAACUGUAUAACAAUACACCGAGAAAAACAACUCUGAUUGGUCAAUUACUCCGAACGGUUUUGAAACCAUGGAAGCUGCAAGGGAGCAAGGGUCCACGGGACUGCUAAACAAGAUCCUUCCGCCGCGUCUCGAAGACGCAGGCCUCGAAGAUUGUGCUCUGCCCCCUGGUUCCAUUCAUGAAGCCUUCCUCAAAGCAGCUAACGCUGUCAAAUCGCGCGCAGCUUCGUUCUUCGACUCAGACGAUGACGAAAUUCAACAGAAUGGAGUUUGUGUUACCGAUCCGUCGCCUGCCGCUAAGGAUAAUGGCACGCUGGUUGGCGGCACAGUUCCAAAUCCUGGUGCGUCGGACACGGUGGUGGGAGGUUUUCCCGGCGCUGACACGGAGGGACCUUGUCUAGGCGGGAAGGGUGAUGGUCCAGGGGUUAGGGAUGGUGGUGACGCGGUGGUUGUGGGUGGUGAGUCCAUUGGGAAAGAGCUAGAAGGAGAGAAGUGUUGCGUUGGUGAUGGAUUAGAGGGUUUGGGGACUGAAGGAAAGGUCAAUGAUGAGACAGAGGAGGAGGGAGAGAGGAAGAAGCCAAACUUGCUUGAAGGUUUUGUAUGAAACCCUAAAACUCUUAAUGUGGUAGCUAUAAGACUUCUGUUUCUAAUUAGAUAAUGCUUAUGAUUGUUGCUAUGCUAGAUAUUGUAUGUAUUGUAGUGGUAGAUCUUGCUAUGUUUUUACUGAAGCAAGUUGUCAAAGUUUUUGUUGUGUUGUAUGGUUUCCAUUUUACCAUUCCUAUUUCUGAUAUAUGAUGAAAUCAAUCCUGAACUUCAUACUGAUGAUUGUGAAUGUAUUGGUUCUCAUUUUCAAAAGCAAGUAAUCUGAAGAA